AUGGCAGUACCUCGAGUGGUGCCUCGAAUAACGACCAACAGCCUCCCUCUACCCACCCGAUUAAUCCAGCCGUCACGUAUACGAUCCUACGUUCUACGUCUCCCUCUCUUUACCCGCCUGAUCCUCGUCGCUAUUGUGGCGUUCUGGAUACUCGAACUGCAAACCGUCUGGAGCGUGAUAAAAUGGGGCUCACUGGAACCCAAAGAAAUCAAUCUGGGGAGCAUGUACAGGCUGAACACCUUUGUCUUGAUACACACGGGGUUCUGGCACAUGUUGAUCAAUACCAUCUGCCUGAUGCCUCUGCUCGAGAGGUUCGAAGCUGAAUUUGGCACGCUGAACAGCAUUGCGUUAUUCAUGGGUCCGUUGGGCCAGAUACCUGCGGUUUUAUAUUUGAUAAUGGACGGCGUUAUCCUCAGAGACAAUACGCCAGUUCUCGGAUCAAGUAUAUGGGUGUUCCUUCUUCUUGCGGCCGAGGCCAUCAAAACAUAUCGGGCAAAUCCAUAUCUUGAGAUCGGAGACCAAAAGAUACCAACUUGGAUAUCACCACUAGUAAUACUGGUCGUGACAUCUAUACUGAUUCCCAGCGCUUCCUUCCUUGGACAUCUCAGUGGAUGUAUAACGGGAUAUCUGUGGGGCUUGGGCUAUAUUCGUUUCCUCGCACCUCCGGAGAAAGUCCUUCGCUGGAUCGAAGGAAAACUCAAUCUACUUGGACGAUUACCGCAUUAUGUGUCUGUGGACCAGAAGACGAGCGGCUUUACAGGAAACCUCGCCUCAAGUCUCCGCAAGGACGACCCCCGACUGCUGCGAAUCCCACCGUAUUUGUCCCUGCUGUGCAUGCUCGUCGGCAUUGCAUGGAUCCUGCCCUUGCCUUUACAUGAGUACUCUCGACAGACGUACAUCUCAGAAAAUGCCCUCCUUCCCGGCCAGGUCCACACUUACUUCGGCGGUAGCGAGCAAAAUGUUUUCCGCGCAUAUCGAUACGAGUUGGCUACGGUUCUGGAGGGUGGUGUGAAGGCUGCUGGCAACGAGACCUUGGACAAAGCAGAGCAGAGAGCUUGGGAGGCUCGUACCAGUGAAAAGAUAGGAGAGCUCUUCCGAAACGCGGGCCUGAAGACCGCAAAGCAACGGUAUUCUUAUACGUCGUCUGGCCAGUCUUACGACGGAGAGAAUGUCUAUGCCGUUCUGCACGCGCCGCGCGGUGACGGAACCGAAGCAAUUGUGCUUGUUGCGCCGCUCCGAAACAUCGAUGGUGUCCCCAACGUGAAUGGUGUUCCGCUAUUGAUUUCUCUGUCGCGGUAUUUCAAACGAUGGUCACUGUGGUCCAAGGACAUCAUAUUCCUGGUCACACCGGACAGUACCGCAGGGCCUCAAGCCUGGAUCGAUGCGUAUCAUUCUACCCAUGAUCCGUACAAGGUGGAAGACCUGUCGCUGAAAUCUGGUGCACUUCAGGCUGCUGUCUGUAUCGACUAUCCUUUCGAACAUCGCUUCGAGACCCUUCAUAUUGCAUACGACGGCAUUAACGGCGCUCUACCCAACCUCGAUCUUUUCAAUACCGCCGUAUCUAUCGCAUCGGGGCAGAUGGGGAUUGGAACCUCUAUACAAUUUCAACACACCUACAGCAAUCAUGAGCAGUAUAACUCGUACCCUGUCCGCCUCCAAACUCUCGUCCGCGGAAUGUCAACACAGGCCCUCGGCCAUGCAACUGGUCCCCAUUCUACCUUUAUGACGUAUCAUAUUGAUGCUAUCACCUUGACAGCGACGAAUGAGGGCUGGCAGGACGAGAUGGCGUUUGGGAGGACCAUCGAAAGCAUCUGCCGAAGUCUCAACAAUCUACUUGAGAAACUGCACCAGAGCUUCUUCUUCUACUUGCUGAUGCAGUCAAAUCGAUUCGUCAGCAUCGGAACGUAUCUGCCGGGUGCGAUGAUCAUGGCGGCCGCUUAUACGACCAUGGCAAUCUACCUUUGGAUAUUGAGUGGCUAUCAAGUUACUGAGAAAGAAGCAGAGCCGGUGGCGGGCAAGUUGGAAAACGGGACAACAGAGAAGACAGGUUUUUCGGAACCACGAGCAUCAGUGACGAAGGGGUCCCAGCCCAAAAUCGAAUUCAAACCAGUCGACCGACAACUCGUCCUACCAAUCGCCCUCCUAACAGCGAUACACCUGGCGUCUCUUCUCCCACUAUACCUCCUUACUUCGCUGAGCCUCAAAGCCAUACCCUCAACAAUUUUUCUCAUUACGGUUGCUCUGGUUGUGCUCCCUAUCGUCCUAGCAUCAGCGCUUGCUGAAAUGCCCAACAACACCACCUUACCUGCCUUUUCAGCGCCUACCGACGAGCAGUACGUUCUAACCAAAUCACUAAGCCUUUUAUUGCUUGGGCUGUCUUUGACGGUCCUCGCAACCCUGAACUUUAGCCUCAGCAUGUUUCUGGGUAUUGUUUGCAUACCACUGGCCUUUGUGGACAGAACUCGCUCCAGGGCAGGACUGUCACUUUUCCAGUAUUUGAUACUUGUUGUCAUGAGUCCUAUGGGACUGGCAAUAGGAUUGAGCGCAUAUGGUGUCUUUGUGCUGGGACGAGAUGAUGUUCUUGUCGAGUGGGUACAGCGGCUCGCCUUGGGUUGGAACAUCUGGGGCAGUUGGGGGGUCCCUGUGGGUGUUUUGUGUAUUUGGUUGCCUGCAUGGAUUGUGGGUGCGACUUUGGUGGCCAGCUCUUGGUUUACAACGACAGAGACGACACAAAGUCCGCCAAACGUCAAGAAGGUGUCAUCAAAAUAA